AUGAAUCAAACAACAGAUCGCGCAGUUGGAUUUUCAGUAGAAUGUUCAGAACAAUUCGAGUUAUGUAAUGAUUUAAAUGCACAAUAUUUUCCAUCAAUUAUUGCAAUGAGAUCAGUAUAUAGCUUUUAUCAUCGUUUAUAUCACGGAAACUUUACACCUUCUUCAUUGAUUACCUUUGUUGAAACAGUUAUUGAUCCUCCAAUCCAGUAUUUAGAUAGUUUAGGUUCAAUCGAUUUACUUUCUGAUGGUUUUAUGAACGUAACUGUUCCAGUUUACUUUGGUCCAAAUGCUAAGCCAAAAGGUGAAGAAUUUAUACCAUUUCUUACCAAUUUAUCAAAUUUCAUUUACGCAGCUAACCGUACGUUUGCUACAUACUAUGAUUCAUCGGAGCACAUGAAAAUAUACAUCAGUCCUAAUUGUGGAUUGCUAUAUAAUGGACCAAUGAACCAGAAAUCAAUUUUAAAGUUUAUGGAAGACUACAAAUACCCUAUUUUGCACAAAUUUACAUAUGAACAAUUCUCUACAUAUCAUCCUGAUGUUCCAAUGCUUGCUAUUCUCUCAACAAGACCAUUAAGUGAAGAAUAUGCUUCAAUUCUAAGCGAUGUUUCAUCGAAACUCUGUGGGAAGUUCAUUUUUGGAUGGUUGGAUCCAUUUUCUGAUCGUAGAUACAACAUAACCUUCAAGAAUGACCCAGAAGAUCCAACAUUAUUUGCAUAUGUUGAUAGAACUAACCAUAAAAUAUUCAAACUUCUCAAAAGACCAGAUACACAGAUUGUUCAUCAAUUUGUCCUCAACGUAACUCAUUUCUAUGAACAAGGAGAAGAUUGGGACAACGGAUGGGCAAUUUUUGGAGCUUUUAUACUCCUUAUAUUAACAUCCAUAUUCCUUCUGGUUUAUAAUAGUACUUACCAGAAAUGUAUUUCAAAUAUCAAUGAAUUAUUCUUUUAA